CCUUCCCCUCCCACCUUCCACGCGCGCGCUUCCGUUCGCCACCUCGCGGCAGGCCAAAGCAGGCGAGACCGCUAGGGUUUGCGCCGCCCGCUCGGCUUCAAGUUCGCCGAGGUGCAGCCUCGGCCUCGCGCGCACGACAGGUGUUCGACGGAAGUUGGGCCCCGCGACCCAAUGCCGAGCGGCGGGAGGCGGCUGCCGCCGUGGACGUCGCCGAGGAGCGCGGGGGCGGGGGCGGCGAGGUGGAGCCCUGCUGCUGGUACGCCCGCGGCCGCGGGUGGACAGCGCUCGGGCUCGGGCUACGGGACGCCGCCUCUGAGCGCGGGUUGCUUCGGCACGCGCGUCACGCCGCCGACGAGUGGGGGCGCGCGCGUCACGCCGCCCUCGACCGGGGGAUGCUCGUCGCGGCCGCCCAGGCCGCCGCCUUCCCUGGAUUCGCCCUACGUGCGGGCCAAGCAGGCGCAGAUAGUUGAAAAGGACCCCAACAAGGCCGUUCCAUUGUUUUGGGCAGCUAUAAACAGUGGUGACCGGACUGAGAGCGCAUUGAAGGAUAUGGCCAAUGUACUGAAACAAGCAAAUCGGGCUGAAGAAGCCAUUGAGGCAAUAAGAUCCUUUCGUGAUCGGUGUCCCUAUGAAGCUCAGGAGUCCCUUGACAAUAUUCUUCUAGAUCUAUACAAGAAAUGUGGUAGGACAGAUGAGCAGAUCGAAAUGCUGACAAUAAAGCUGCGAAUUGUUGAUGAGGAGCUAGCUUCUGGUCGGUGGAAAACAAAAAUGUCUAAAUCUCAUGGAAGGGUAGUCUACCUGUCUCUCAGAGAUGAAAAAGCAAGGCUAUUGGGGAACCUUGCUUGGGCCUAUAUGCAGUCCGAAAAUUAUGAGGGAGCAGAGAUGCUCUACAGGCAAGCUCUUGCUAUAGAAGCUGACUACAACAAAGAGUGUAACUUGGCCAUCUGUUUGAUGAAGACUGGAAAGGUGGCUGAAGCUAAAUACCUGAUUCAAGCUAUACCUUACAACUGUGAUGAUGAAAGUCAUGUGAAGUCUCUUUCCCGGGCUACUGAAAUGCUUAGGGAACUUGAAUUGCAAUCACUCCCCUCUCCCAUAACUCAGGCGAAGUCCAAAGAAUCACAGAUUUUUCUUGCUGAUGAUGUGGAGAUGCUUGUAGAUCUACAGCCACAAACACUAUCAACUCCUUUGAGUGAACUGAAAUAUAAAAGACCACAUAUUUCAGUUUCACAAAAUGCAGAGAAGCAUGAGAAUUGCAAUUCAUGGCUUCCAUCUCCCAUAACUCAGUUGAGACGUGAAGAACCACACAUUAUGGUUACUGCUGGUGCAGAAAAGAAUGAAAGCUUUGCAGAGUUCCAAGAUCUUUCUCGACUGUUCAAUGAUGCUGCUACACCUCAUUCAAUACUUGAGAAACUACGAAAGAGGCUAGUUAAAGAGGCACCAAAAAUCGGUAUUCAUGAUGAUCAGAUUCAGACUCCUAUUCCAACUGAAUGCUUGCCAAACUCUGAAAGAAACCUAGAUGCUAGUGAGACUCCCAUGCAAGAAGGGAAGCUAUUGACCAAAGGUGUUAAGAAAACAUGGGCUGACAUGGUGGAUGAAGAGGAACAACAAUUGGGUGAUGAUAAACCAUUGGCUGACAUGGUGGCGAAGGAUGAACAGCAAUUGGGUGAAAGCAAGUCAACACUUGGUGUGGGAACUACUGAACAAAAGGAGAGCAGUAAGCAUGCAAGUAAGCUGGAAUACAGAACACCAUUGGCCUCUCAAGAAAGCAGGACCCAUCAAAGACCAUUCAUGGGUGGUCAACUGCAAGGUUCUUCAGCAGCUUCAUGGAGACAGAAUGACUCCAAAAUCUCCAUGGAUAAGAACGUGAACCGGGAUCUUGUGAGGACUGCUCCGACAUGGAGCAAGCAUAAGGCACAAGACCACAACAAUCGAGUUUGGCAAAGGCUUGACACAGUUCAUCCCCAUGAGAGAGCCUCAGACACGAACCAAGUACCACGGAGAAGCAACACAUCUCAGCGCGCUCUUUUUCCUGACUGGAAAUCAAAGGGUGAAGGACAUGGCCAUGGUUGUGUUCUGUUUGAUGAUAACGAACGCACUCAGUGUUCCAGUCACGUUGAGGCCACUCAUCGCUGGCAUAAUAAUGAGGCAAGUACAGGGUCAUGGAGGCCACAGAACCGUCUGCGGGUCUUCCAGGAAAUCACAAAUGAGAUCAACCAAAAUGUUGUGUAACUAUGUCCUUGUUCCUUGCUGUUGAUGGAAGUUCUCCUUUCCAGCAACAUGUUGUUUGCACUCAAACUACAGAUGGGAUCUGUGAAAUAGUUCCUUGUACACGGUUUUUCGCUUCAAAUGGUUCUGUUUUUGAGAUUGAGCAUAGCUACAGAAAACUCUGCGAAUUUCUUCAUAGCCCACCAUUCAUACUCCUGGCACAUCGAUGGAUCAUGAUAUCUGUAUAUAUUUUCUUUAUCACUAGUGUGCCAAAGUAUCUGUAAAAAGUGGUGGUCUGUCUAUCAAUUCUCAGUGUGUGUCACUGUUUUGUGACUGAGAGUCUUUUCCUUCCCUGAUUUCACACCACCUCCGCAAUGUGGCUUACCAUGAAA